CCCCGGGCGGUCGGACGGGCGGGCACCAGUCGGAACUCGGGCCGUGCCGGCUGAGAGAUCUGAAGCGCUCGAUUCCCCCCGGGCCGGAGCGGGGGCGGGAGGGGGCGCAGGCCCGGGGGAUGCUGGGCUCGGUGAAGAUGGAGGCCCAUGACCUGGCCGAGUGGAGCUACUACCCGGAGGCGGGCGAGGUCUACUCCCCAGUAACCCCAGUGCCCACCAUGGCCCCCCUCAACUCCUACAUGAGCCUGAACCCUCUGAGCGCUCCCUACCCCCCUGGGGGGCUCCCUGCCUCGCCGCUGCCCUCAGGACCCCUGGCGCCCCCAGCCCCCGCAGCACCCCUGGGGCCCACCUUCCCAGGCCUGGGUGCCAGCGGUGGCGGAGGCAGCGGCUCAGGGUACGGGGGCCCGGGCCCGGGGCUGGUGCACGGGAAGGAGAUGCCUAAAGGCUACCGGCGACCACUGGCCCAUGCCAAGCCGCCAUAUUCCUACAUCUCGCUCAUCACCAUGGCCAUCCAGCAGGCGCCGGGCAAGAUGCUGACCCUGAGCGAGAUCUACCAGUGGAUAAUGGACCUCUUCCCCUACUACCGGGAGAACCAGCAGCGCUGGCAGAACUCCAUCCGCCACUCACUGUCUUUCAACGACUGCUUUGUCAAGGUGGCGCGCUCCCCAGACAAGCCGGGCAAGGGCUCCUACUGGGCCCUGCACCCCAGCUCAGGGAACAUGUUUGAGAACGGCUGUUACCUGCGGCGCCAGAAGCGCUUCAAGCUGGAGGAGAAGGUGAAGAAAGGGGCUGGCGGGACCUCCGCCUCCAGGAACAGUGCAGGGGCUGCUGCCUCGCCCGCCACCCCUGCCGCCACGGUCACCUCUCCCCCGCAGCCCCAGCCUCCGCCCCCUGAACCGGAGGCCCAGGGCGGGGAAGACGUGGGGGCUCUGGACUGUGGCUCACCCCCUUCCUCCACACCCUAUUUCACUGGCCUGGAGCUCCCCGGGGAGCUGAAGCUGGAUGCCCCCUACAACUUCAACCACCCUUUCUCCAUCAACAACCUGAUGUCGGAACAGACACCAGCACCCCCUAAACUGGACGUGGGGUUUGGGGGCUAUGGGGCAGAGGGGGGAGAGCCUGGGGUCUACUACCAGGGUGUCUAUUCCAGAUCUCUGCUUAAUGCGUCCUAGCAGGGGUGUGAGAGUGUGAUGGGUGGGGUAUAGAUGUAGCUCACACCAUCAGGCGCUUGGGGCCUCAUCCUCCUGGUGACACUUGGCUUGUCCCGUCAGUUACCAUCUUGGUUGGUCUAUUACUGUGGUGACUGCUGUCUCUGUGGGCAUCGGGUCCAUCCUUUGGGUACUGUGAUAACUGCCAUUGACAUCUUGGUGGGCCCACUGGGUACUGCAAAGACUGCCAUGUUGAUUGAUGUUAUUUGUCCUUCCUUUGGGUGCUCUGAUGGCCGCCACCUGGGAAGACAUCUUAGUCGGCCCUUUGGACAUGGUGAUGGACGUCCUCUUGACUGACCCUUUGGAUGUGAUGGUGAUACCAUUCCAAUGACAUCUUCUUUGGCCCGUUGGGUGCCGUGAUCACUUCUUUGGUGGGCUUCUUGGCGUAGCAGAGGCCAAGUUGGCCACCAUCCUGCAUAACAUCUUUUUGGGGCCAAGUUGGGUGCUAUGAUGGCCACCAUCUUGGUUGGCUGACAUAACCAGUGUGCUGUUGUGCCCUGUGACAGCUACCACAGCCCCUGGGUUGGCCAUUGUCAUCACUGUCUCUUUGGUGUGAGUUGAGUGAGGGAUGGAGGUGAGAAUAUUCCUUGGUUUUUUUCUGGAGCCCAUUCCCUGCCCUGGUCCAGGAAAAACCAGAAAGGACUGGCUAGGGUGUGGGGAAUUUCUACUGAAGUCUGGUUCUUGCCUGGGAAGCGGGAUACUGGCUGUGUUUGACCAUUAAAGGCACUGUUUCGGC